AAGGGGGGAGACAGGAAACAGAGCGUGAGCGACGACAAAACGGAGAUAGAGAGGGAGAGAGGGGGGAAAGGGAGAGCGAGGUAGAGAGAGAGGGAGGGACAACAAAGAUCUGUCAGAUGAGGCUAGAGACGCUUCUAUUAUCUGAAAAUCCCGUGUGGUCUCCUUUAUUACAGGGCGUUCUGAGCGGGCUGCAUCAGUGUGUCUCUUGCGCAUGAUCAACCGUCUACACAUCCCUUCUGGCCGGAGUGAACCCACAUCUCAGCAUCUCUCCGCCAGCAGAGAGAAAUAAAUAAAAACGCUCGCUCUCCUCCGCUAAUUGAGGCACUGAUAAGCCACUUCCAAUUUCCUCCUGGUGUGGUGCAGAUCUGGUUCUGAUCCUGUUUGGUCCAGUUCUGAUCAGAGUGUGAGAAUGGGGCUUUUGCUGUUUCUGUUGAGCCUCAGCUCCUUAGCUCUGAGCUACGCUGUCGGCGGGGACGUGUGCAUAACGGGUCAUGACAGUGGACCAGUGUUUGAAGAGCAGCCUAGCAGUGUGGUCUACCCAGAGGGACUCAGUGAGGGCAAAGUCACUCUCAACUGCCAGGCUAGAGCCAGUCCUGCUGCUACGUACAGCUGGCGCGUCAAUGGUACAGACGUCCCUGUAGGUGACCCCCGGUACACACUGGUAGCCGGUAACCUGGUGAUCAGUGGUCCCCAGUUCGGCCGUGAUGGAGGCUCCUACCAGUGUCUGGCUAUCAACCGCUGUGGCACCAUACUCAGCCGGGCCGCCAACCUCAAAUUCGGUUACCUCAAUGACUUCCCUGGGGAAGGGAGGAGCCCACAGACGGCUUACGAGGGAGCAGGUGCCUUCCUAGCCUGCCAGCCCCCUGCCCACUACCCAGUUCUUUCCUACCGCUGGUUCGUUAGCGAGUUUCCUAGCUUCAUGAAGCCUGACGGGGGUCGGUGGUUCGUUUCCCAGGUAACAGGCAACUUGUACCUGGCCAAGGCGGAGCCUAACGAUACAGCAAGUUACUUCUGCUUCACCACCAUCAACAUGGACAUUAGCACCAAGAGUACAUUCAGCAAGGCUAACCAGCUCACCGUGCAGCCAGAUGCCAACGCCAGGAAGUCAGCUCCUGCUAUCACAGUGGGUUUCCCAGCAGAGACGUACGCCCUGACAGGACACACCACCCAGCUGGAAUGCUUCGCCUACGGAAAUCCUGUCCCAAAACUCCGUUGGAGGAAGGUGGAUGGUCUGUUGCCGUCUAAGGCCGGGGCUAGUGCAGAGGGACCCAUCCUCACACUGCCUGAGAUGACUUUCCAUGAAGAGGGGGUGUAUGAGUGUGAGGCCUACAACUCUGAGGGCCGCGACACACAACAAGGACGCAUCACUGUGCAAGCACAGCCAGAGUGGCUGCAAGUGAUGAGUGACUCUGAGGUGGAGAUCAGCUCUGAGCUGCACUGGACUUGUGUUGCAGCAGGCAAACCAAGACCCUCCAUACGCUGGCUACGCAAUGGACAGCCCCUCAGCACACAGGACCGGGUGGAGGUCAAUGGGGGUCGUCUGAAGGUCAUCAACCUGGCCCUGGAGGAUUCUGGGAUGUAUCAGUGUGUGGCUGAGAACAAACACGGCACCAUUUACUCCAACGCCGAGCUGAGGGUACAAGUCCAAGUCCCAGACUUCCGCUCCAACCCGGUGAGGAGGCUUGUCCCAGCAGCACGAGGGGGGCAAGUGAUGAUGGAGUGUCGGCCGCGAGCCGCCCCCAAACCCACCCUGUUCUGGAGCCGCGGUACUGAGCUCCUUACCAACAGCAGCAGGGUGACAGUGACUCCAGACGGGAUGCUGCGGAUCCACAACAUCAGCAGGGCCGAUGAGGGGAAGUAUACCUGCUUUGCUGAGAACUACCUGGGCAAGGCCAACAGCACUGGACACCUGUCUGUUAGAGAUGCUACUAAGAUCACCUUGGCUCCCUCUAACGCUGACAUCAACCAGGGGGAGAACGUCACGCUGCAGUGUCACGCUUCACAUGACCCCACCAUGGACCUCACCUUCACCUGGGCUCUCAACGGAGCUCUGCUGGACCUUGAGGACCCCGGCGGACCGUACCAUCGCGUGGAGGGGAAGGAGACCGUAGGUGACCUGUUGAUAGUGAGUGGUCAUCUGAGUCAGGCAGGAAUAUACAGCUGUACAGCUCAGACUGUGGUGGACAGCGCCUCAGCCUCCGCUAAACUGGUGGUCAGAGGUCCCCCGGGACCUCCAGGUGGUUUGGUGGUGAAGAACGUUGCCGCGACGUCGGUGGAGUUGCGUUGGAGUCGUGGCUAUGACAACCACAGCCCCAUCGGGAAGUAUGUUAUCAUGGGUCACUCUCCACUGUCUCCUGGUUGGAAGAGGAUGAGGACAGACCCAUCUAACAUUGAAGGCAAUGCUGAGUCGAUUCGUGUGGUUGGCCUGUUGCCAUGGAUGGACUACGAGUUCCAGGUCAUUGCCAGUAACAUCCUGGGCAGUGGAGAGCCUAGUAUGUCCUCUCACACUAUACGCACCCAGCAAGCAGCUCCCACAGUGGCCCCUAGUGGACUAGGUGGAGGAGGAGGAGACCGCAACGAACUCAUCAUCACCUGGACGCCCAUGGCCAGAGAGUACCAGAACGGAGAUGGCUUCGGCUACAUCCUGGCAUUCCGGAAGCAGAACUCUCCAACGUGGGUGGUGGAGCGUGUUUCCAACGUGGAGUCGUCUCGCUACGUUUAUUCCAACCAGAGCCUGUCUCCCUACUGCCUCUUUGAGGUGAAGAUCAAAGCCUACAACCGUAAAGGAGAGGGUCCCUUCAGCCAGAUCGCUGUGGUGCACUCUGCAGAAGAGGAGCCCACGGUGGCGCCCUCGAGGAUCAAUGCCACAGCUCUGACAGCAUUCGAGAUGCAGGUGUCGUGGGACCCCAUCCAACAUCUCAGCACCAACGGUAUCCUCCAAGGAUAUGAGAUCCGGUACUGGCGUCAGCAUGAGCGGGAGGCAUCUGCAGACCGUGUGCGUACAGCUGGGCUUGAGACCACGGCUCGCGUGGUGGGAUUGAGACCCAGCACCCGGUACCAUGUUACCGUAAUGGCCUACAACAGCGCUGGCACAGGACCAGCCUCACCCAGAACCACUGUCACUACCAGGAGACCACCUCCUAAUCGUCCCCCUGGCAAUGUGUCCUGGAAGACUGAUGGCUCAUGGGUAACUGUUAGGUGGGAUCAUGUCAAGACCCUAGACAAUGAAUCAGCCGUACUGGGUUACAAGGUCCUGUACAAGCACGAGGGCCAGUCUGCUCUGAAGGUUCUGGACAAGGGGAAGACGUCUGUGACCCUGCCCCUACCCAAAGACAAUGGCUACGUGGUCCUGGAGAUACGCUCUUGGGGGGAGGGGGGCGACGGAGCCGCACAAGAGACCAUCGUCUCCCGAGACUCAGGAACUGGAAUGAUGGUGCAGAACCAGGCGGGAUCCCCAUGGUCCAAUCAUGCUCCUCUCCUGCUCACCGCCACACUCUCCAUCACUCUCAUUGGCUUACUGGACCUGUGAUCUACAACAAUCCCUGGACAUUAUGUUUCAUGGUCUAUGCCGAUUGGUCAAAUUCACCUAUCUGGAGUUUUGUUGGGGUGGGGUUAAGGGAUGAAUUUGAAUAGGUGGGGAGGGAUGUGUGGGGUAAUAUUUUGAAGCAAGGGGGAUGGUGGGAGUUGUCAAAAUGACUAAUGGUUAUUUUAUUCUUUUUAUAAGAAAAUCAAAGAGGGUAAUUUUUUUAUGUGUGGGUCUAUGGGGUUCCAAGUGGGUCAGACUACCUGAUUGUCAGUUACAUUGGUGUCAUUAGAACCAUGCCUUAUGGGGAUAAGAGAGGCCUUUGUGCUUCACAGCAAUAGGUCACUCUCUCCAUGUCUCCUGGCUUUCCCUACUCUGCUAUAAACCCAAGGCUCACUGGCGUAUGUCACCCAAAUCAGCCUGUGUAUGUAGAGCAUCAUGUGUACAUACCAUUGAGAAUGAAAGAGGACUCUAGUGCCCAAAAGCAUGUUUUAGCAAGGGCUACGCAAUUGAGGACUUUCACCAUUCUGAAGUUGUCAAAUGGGUGGGACAUCCUAUGGGUUAAGGAAGGAUCACAUAAUUCCAUCCAGGUCCUCAGGAGGGAUCAGCCAAUGAAUUAUACUUGUGAUCAAACAUUCUGUAACUGCAGGAGGCAGUAAAUCGCCAACCUUCACUUUAUACCUGUUUAAGCAACACACUACCAGGUGGCAGUAAAUUGCCAACCUUCAUUUUAUACCUGUUUAAGCAACACACUACCAGGUGGCAGUAUGCACCCUUUCAUUUUUUUUUACCAACUCAUAGAAGUAGUAGUAGAAGAAAAUGUACUACUUCAAAAUGGAGAGGGUCUCAAUGGCGCUGCCCGUGCUCUCACAGAUGCCAUAAUGGGACAGGUAAAAUGAUGAGUCCUCUAUAAUUAUCUAUGGUACACACAUACGGAACAGUAGACAACAUCUCUGGUUCCCUCAGACACUGACCAACUCAAAUGUUUGUAUCUAGAAUAAGAUGAAGGGGGAUAAAACAGUGAUGUCAUAAAUGUCAUGAUUUUUGAGAAAGUCUACUUCAAAUGGAACUCACUGUAAAUAGAACGCUACCUUAGCCUACUGGUCUUUCUUAUGACACAGUCUCUGUUUAAAAUGGUCCUUUUUCUCUUUGGAUUGUCUGCCUGUGUAUUUGUUUGGUUGCUUUAUUAUUUGUUUGCGAUGGCAGCAUCCGGAUGAAUAACUUUAAUGGUCCAAAUGAAUGUUUACCUUUUUUAUUGUUUAUGUUUAGAUGAGAGAACUCACCUUGAUAAAGAGCUUCAUCAGUUCUUUCAACAGCAAAAAUACGAUGAAAGUGUGAUCACCAAAGUACAGAGUUAUCGUUAGUAUUAUUAUUAAUGCCACCAUUAUUCUGUCACCCUUUAUCCAUGAACUUUUAUGUAACAUGUCCUGUUGUUCAUUAACUGUUAAUCAUGCAACACACCUGCCAUAAAUACUGUCUGUCUGAGAAGGGUUCACGGCAAGGAUACGACAUCUAAGGAACAUACUGCAUAUGCUAGUUAAUCAUGAAGCCCCUGUGAUAUUGAUUUGGGUGUAAAGCAAAGAGAAUUCCCACAAGCUGUUUAGAUGUUCUCGAUGUUUCCAGAGUUACAAUAGCAACAUGUCAACCUUUCAUGCCCUGACCUUAGAGAUCCUUAUUUAUUCUCUAUGUUUGGUUAGGUAAGGGUGUGACUCGGGUGGGAAAAUCUAUGUUUCUAUUUCUUUGUUGUUUUUGCCAUGUGUGGUUCCCAAUCAGAGGCAGCUGUCUAUCGUUGUCUCUGAUUAGGGAUCAUAUACUGUGUAAGUUGUGAUUUUCCAUUUGGGUUUUGUGGGGUGUUAUUUUCUGUUUAGUGUCUGUGCCUGACGGAACUGUUCGCUUUCGCUUUUGAAUUUGUUAUUUUUGUUUGAGUGUCUCUUCAAAAAUAAACAUCAUGAACACUUUCCACGCUGCGCUUUGGUCCACUCUUCCUUCCACCGACGAGAGCCGUUACAGAACACCCCACCAAAGAAGGACCAAGCAGCGUGGCCAGGAGGACUGGACAUGGGAGGAAAUCCUGGAGGGACAGGGCCCUGGACACGGGCCGGGGAGUAUCGCCCUCCAAGGGAGCAGAUGGAGGCAGCGAGAGUGGAACGGCGACUAUACGAAGAGUUAGCUCAACGACGGAAACACGAGAGGCAGCCCCAAACGGGGAGAUUGGCGGAGGUAGGGUUUAGACCUGAGCCAACUCCCCGUGCUUACCGUGGGGAGUGUGUGACUGGUCAGGCACCGUGUUAUGCGGUGAUGCGCACAGUGUCUCCAGUGAGCAUUCACAGGUCGGUGCGCUAUGUGGGGUGCUGGCACAGAGCACCCCACAAAACCCAAAUGGAAAAUCACAACUUAUAUAUGAUCCCCAAUCAGAGACAACCAUAGACAGCUGCCUCUGAUUGGGAACCACACGCGGCAAAAACAACAAAGAAAUGGAAAACAUAGAUUUUCCCACCCGAGUCACACCCUGACCUAACCAAACAUAGAGAAUAAAUAAGGAUCUCUAAGGUCAGGGCAUGACAGUAACCUCCACAAAGGUGUGGACUCCGGCCGCAAACCUGAACCUAUAGGGGAGGGUCCGGGUGGGCAUCUACUCUCGGUGGGGGCUCCGGUCAGGGAUCCAGCCAGGACGGGUUGUGCCAGCUCUAUGCUCGAGACCUCCAGUGCGCCUCCAGGGCCAGUGUAUCCGGUGCCUGCUCCACGCACCAGGCUUCAAGUGCAUCUCCCCAGUCCGGUGAGACCUGUUCCGGUUCCAUGUACGAGGCCUCCAGUAUGUCUCCCCAGCCUGGUAAGCCCUGUGGCAGCUCCACGCACCAGGUUUCCAGUACGUCUCCUCAGUCCGGUAAGACUUGUUCCGGCUCCACGUACGAAGCCUCCAGUGAUGAUCCAUGGCCCGGUGCCAGUAGUGAUGAUCCAUGGCACGAAGCCUCCAGUGAUGAUCCAUGGCCCGGAGCCUCCAGUGAUGAUCCAUGGCCUGGAGCCUAUAGUGAUGAUCCAUGGCACAAAGCCUCCAGUGAUGAUCCAUGGCCCGGAGCCUGCUGUGAAAAUCCAGGGCACGGAGCCUCCAGCGACGGUCCCGAGCCUCCAGUAAAGGUCCCCAGUCCGGAGCCUCCAGCGACGGUCCCCAGUCAAGAGCUUGCAGCGACGAACUACGGUCCGGAGGUCCCGGCGACGAUCCCUGACCGGAGCCCCCACCGAGAGUAGAUGCCCACCCGGACCCUCCCCUAUAGGUUCAGGUUUGCGGCCGGAGUCCACACCUUUGUGGAGGUUACUGUCAUGCCCUGACCUUAGAGAUCCUUAUUUAUUCUCUAUGUUUGGUUAGGUCAGGGUGUGACUCGGGUGGGAAAAUCUAUGUUUUCCAUUUCUUUGUUGUUUUUUCCGCGUGUGGUUCCCAAUCAGAGGCAGCUGUCUAUGGUUGUCUCUGAUUGGGGAUCAUAUAUAAGUUGUGAUUUUCCAUUUGGGUUUUGUGGGGUGUUAUUUUCUGUUUAGUGUCUGUGCCUGACGGAACUGUUCGCUUUCGCUUUCAUUUUUGAAUUUAUUAUUUUUGUUUGAGUGUUUCUUGAAAAUAAACAUCAUGAACACUUUC